UCACGGUUUAGUUGGUCGAGAAGUAAUCGUAAAAUUAGAAGAGAAGCUGCUUCCGCUCUAGUAUUUGGUGCUUCCCCACCGAAAACUUUCCUCGUUAAUUCUAAUUUUAAGACUAAUAGUAGCAACACUGAUGAUUGCAAUGACGUCAGCUGCAGUGAUCUUCUAGCAAAAGCAAAAAAGGAAAACACGGAAAAAACGGCGAUGAUAAUAAGAAUGGGCGAUAAAGAUAAUAACAAUCCCAAUAAUGAUCAGCCUGAUAAUUCCGAUAAUCAGCCUGGUAAUACAGGCAAUGAAGGCGCUGCUGACGAUCCUCUAAAAGAUGAAGGAUUUGACAUUGGAUAUCACGGAUCAAUUGAGAUAGACGGACAAACGUUUACUGUAAUAUCCGACACUGGUUCAUCUGAUCUUUGGAUGCCAUCACAAGCUUGUGCCGAUGCAACUUGCAAAGCUCACAAAUUGUAUGAUCCAGGAAUACUCAGAAUGGCUCUUGAUCGAUUAAGCACACAAAAUUUAAAAGCAUCUUUCAAUCAGCUUCUUGUCAAAAAUGCAGUUAAAGAUUCAGUAUUUUGUUACUUCCUCGAACGUCAGAAAGACGGCAGUAACAGUCAAUUAACUUUGGUGGUGUUAACUCUUCAAAAUUUACUGGUCAACUCAAUCAUCAUCACCACCAUUGGAUAUAUUCCGGACUACACCCUCUGA